AUUUUAAAUGAGGAAAUUGAGGCAGAUUUUUAUAUCGCAGUGCCUGACAUAACAACAAAAAUUACCCAUUUAAGGAAUUUUCUGAAACAAAAGUACCCUUCCAUCAAAAAUGGUACUAUUACUUACAAUAUCCCCGAGACGCUUAAUUUCUUCAAAGUCUGCCAUGAAUAUGCAGUGACCGACGACAACCUCAUUCAAACCCCGUUUGCAAUGCUGGACAUGCCUAAUGAUCAGAUUCUUGCCAAUCUGGACAGUAUUAUUAAGGACAUUUGCAAACACAAAACUUUGAAACACGGUGAGCUGCUCUUGUUUAAAAUUUCUUAAUCGAUGCUGAUAGCUAGUGAUAUUGCCCAAAUGAAUAUAAGUUGGAGGAGUGGGGGUACCAUUUUGCUAGCUGCAAGGAGAAAACAGUAAAAUAAUAAUAAUAAUAUGCAUUCCCAUGCUAAACAAUAAAAACAGUAACAGGGAAAAUAUCAGCGCAAAAUUGCUUAAAAGCGCUAUUGCUAAUCAUUUUGCUUCACAUCUGCAAGUCAUCUUCCUCCCUCCCUUCAGAGGGAAAUUUCUAAAAAAAAAACCCACACUUUUGCAUUCUUUUAAAGAAGUUGUUUUGGGAGUUUUGAGAAGAACCUUCUGCUUUAAAGUGGCCGAAUUAUUAAUGCUGAAAAGUCCUGUUUUUUGUUUCCUGCAGAAUUACUCAGUUAGAAAAAAAAAAUAAUUUCUCCCUGCCAGGAUGGGAAACAUUUGUGCAGGAAGUUCCUAUCUUGGAAAUGUUUGGAAGGGCCUUGAAGAACCCUUAUCAGAUGUUUUGAACUCCAAGUAAAAUGUUUGGGGUUCUGAGAAUUUUGUUUUAAGGUCAGGGCGCACCGCAUCAUUUUUUAUGUUGGCGUCAGAACAAUCUGUGACUGUUUUCAAGGACUUGACUGAGUGUUCCAGCUCUUUUGAGGGUAUCGGUUAAGCUGUUUUUCUCCUGCAAGGACAACUCCUGGAACACACAGGGAUUAGAAUGGUUUGUGGGUUAUUAUUAUUAUUAUUUUUGCAGAGUCUGGAAGACAAAAAUGUCCUUGAUUUAUGAUCACAAUUGAGCCUCAG